AGCAAUACUUGUAAGGUUAGAGCAAUGCUUGUAGAGCUAAGAACAAUGCUUGUAGAGCUAAGAGCAAUGCUUGUAGAGCUAAGAGCAAUACUUGUAGAGCUAAGAACAAUGCUUGUAGAGCUUAGAGCAAUGCUUGUAGAGCUUAGACUAAGAGCAAUGCUUGUAGAGCUAAGAGCAAUGCUUGUAGAUCUUAGAACAAUGCUUGUGGAGCUAAGAGCAAUACUUGUAGAGUUAAGAGCAAUACUUGUACAGCUAAGAGCAAUACUUGUAGAGCUAAGAGCAAUACUUGUAGAGCUAAGAGCAGUGGUUGUAGAGCUAAGAGCAAUGGUUGUAGAGCUAAGAGCAAUGGUUGUACAGCUAAGAGCAAUGGUUGUAGAGCUAAGAGCAAUGCUUGUAGAGCUAAGAGCAAUGGUUGUAGAGCUAAGAGCAAUGGUUGUAGAGCUAAGAGCAAUGGUUGUAGAGCUAAGACCAAUGGUUGUAGAGCUAAGAGCAAUAGUUGUAGAGUUAAGACCAAUGCUUGUAGAGUUAAGAGCAAUGGUUGUAGAGCUAAUAGCAAUGCUUGUAGAGUUAAGACCGAUGCUUGUGGAGCUAAGAGCAAUGCUUGUAGAGCUAGACCGAUGCUCAAUGUUUGUAGAGCUAAGAGCAAUGCUUGUAGAGCUAAGAGCAAUGCUUGUAGAGUUAAGGGCAAUGCUUGUAGAGCUAAGAGCAAUGCUUGUAGAGCUAAGAGCAAUACUUGUAGAGCUAAGACCGAUGCUUGUGGAGCUAAGAGCAAUGCUUGUAGAGUUAAGGGCAAUGCUUGUAGAAGCAAUGCUUGUAGAGCUUAGAGCAUCGCUUGUAGAGCUUAGAGCAAUGCUUGUAGAGCUAAGAGCAAUGCUUGUAGAGUUAAGAGCAAUACUUGUAGAGCUAAGAGCAAUACUUGUAGAGUUAAGAGCAAUGCUUGUAGAGUUAAGAGCAAUACUUGUAGAGCUAAGAGCAAUGCUUGUAGAGUUAAGGGCAAUGCUUGUAGAGCUAAGAGCAAUGCUUGUAGAGCUAAGAGCAAUGCUUGUAGAGCUAAGAGCAAUACUUGUAGAGCUAAGAGCAAUGCUUGUAGAGUUAAGAGCAAUACUUGUAGAGCUAAGAGCAAUGCUUGUAGAGCUAAGAGCAAUGCUUGUAGAGUUAAGAGCAAUGCUUGUAGAGCUAAGAAAAAUGUUUGUAGAGCUAAGAGCAAUGCUUGUAGAGCUAAGAGCAAUGCUUGUAGAGCUAAGAGCAAUGCUUGUAAACUUUAGUUUAUAG